AUGGGGCGUGCUGCUUGCUCUCCCAUCACCGCGGAUCCACCUGUGCUGCCGUGCGGAUCCCCCGUGCAUAGUUUUAAGGGCUACUGGGAAAAACUGAACUCCAUGGAAUAUGUUAAGUACUCCAAGCCACACUUGCACUGUAACAACAGCCUGGUCAGGAGAGAAUGGCACAGCCUGAUCUCAGAAGAGAAAGCAGAAAGAAGAAGAUCCAUGGUAUAUGUGAGGAAUAUUCCUGAUAAUGCAGCAAAGGUGAUUUCCAACCUAGAAGCAAGGAAUUUGGAGCCAAGAUUAACACAUCUCUUCCAGGAGGAGCACAUCCACCAGAGGCUGCUUAUGGGUCUGAUGGUGUCUGAACUAAAAGACCAUCUUCUGAGACACCUACAGGGUGUAGAAAAGAAGAAAAUUGAACAGAUGAUUCUGGACUACGUUUCAAAACUGCUGGAUCUCGCCUGCCAAAUCCUGGAAACCAGUUGGAGGAAACAUAAUCUUCACCCCUGUGCUCUCCGCCUCAGCGGGCGGGCCAGUGCAGCUGAAUUUACAGUCUUUCACAUCAUGACCAGGAUUCUGGAAGCUACCAGGAGUCUGUUUUUACCGCUGCCUCCUGGUUUUCACACUCUACACACCAUCCUGGGCGUCCACUGUCUCCCUUUGCACAACCUGCUGCUUUACACUGACAGCGGAGUGUUGCUUCUCACCAAAACAGCUGUCACACGGCUCAUGAAAGAUCUGGACAAUACAGAGAAAAAUGAAAGACUAAAAUUCAGCAUCAUUGUGCGGCUUCCCCCGCUUAUAGGUCAGAAGAUCUGUCGACUUUGGGAUCAUCCUAUGAGUUCUAACAUUAUUUCCCGGAACCAUGUGAAGAGACUGCUGCAGAACUAUAAUAAGAAAAAGCCCCCGAGUUCUGUGAUUGACAAGUCAUCAUUCAGUGUGGAAUUUCUGCCUCUGAACUACUUCAUUGAAAUACUGACUUAUGUAGAAUCCUCCAAUCAAGCCCUGUAUGCUUUUGAAGGACAUGACAAUGUGGAUGCAAAAUUGGUAGAGGAAGCAGGUCUGAAGCACACCACGAUGCUUUUAGGCUUGUAA